AUGACAGCUCUUUGGGACUCUCACUCUCAAAGUCUCUAUCGACUACCUGGGCACCAUCUACAGAAGAAGUUGGACUUUUGCCCUGUGUAUUGGUUUGCGCAGGGGACAAUUUUCUGGGCAAUUUUUGUUAUUGGCCAUGAUUGUGGCCAUGGGAGCUUCUCCGAGAAUCUCAAUCUCAAUAAUAUCGUGGGACACAUCUUGCAUUCUUCCAUUCUUGUAACGUACCAUGGAUGGAUAAUCAGCCUCAGGACUCACCAUCAAAAUCAUGGACAUGUUGACAACGACGAAUCAUGGGUACCAGUAAUGUUUUCCAUAGAUUCUUGAGCUUUUCUUGAUUCAUGGGUACAUGACAAUUUUUGUUUGUCUUUCUUUUAAGAAUCUGUGGGUAAUUUGUGGCUAUGAUUUCUUAACUGGAUGGUCUAAUUUGUGUCCCUGCCAUUUCUUUUCUCA